AUGACCGACCCACAGCCUACAGAAGAGCGCGAGCCACGAGCAGCGUCAGACGUGCAACAUUAUGUACUUGAACAAACCGAGGCGGUUCUUGCCGGACAGACGGGCCCCACCGCAACAGCGACUCAAGAAUCUAUCAUCGAGGAGACAGACCUGCUCUCCGCCGAUGUCAUUCCUAAUGACUGGCCGCCGCCUGCUUACGGCGAUGCCCCCGGGGAAAUUCACGCCGAGAAAGAUGGCCUAGGAACCAGUGCUAAUGUGACCGUCGACGGACGCGUCAAUAUCCGAAUCAAUCAGCUAAACAGGCGUCUUUCUCAAAUUUGUACGCCUGCCAUAGCUCAACAGGCUCAGAGUGUGCAAGACACCCCCUCGCCCCCUCCUGUAUACAUUCCCCCAUCAUUGGGAGGAAGCGAAGGAGUUGCGCCACCCCCUCCACUAAAUGUUGUCAUUCAAGUUGUCGGGUCGCGUGGAGACGUACAGCCUUUCGUUGCUCUGGGUAAAGUCUUGAAAGACAGAUACGGACACCGUGUCCGGCUGGCAACGCACCCCAACUUCAAAAAGUUUGUGCAGGGAAAUGGCCUCGACUUUUUCAGUAUCGGUGGCGAUCCUUCGCAGCUGAUGGCCUUCAUGGUCAAGAAUCCGAGCCUCAUGCCGGGAGUUCGGAGCCUGGUCAGUGGAGACGUCAAGGAGCGACGAAGAGAUGUUGCAGAGUACAUCCAAGGCUGUUGGAGAUCAUGCUACCAGGCUGGUGACGGGAUGCGCGGGGCCGCCGUUGGUGAUGAUGACUCGGAGAAUGACGCAAGGCCCUUUGUAGCCGACUGCAUCAUCGCCAACCCUCCAAGCUUUGCUCAUAUUCACUGCGCAGAGAAGCUUGGCAUCCCACUCCACAUCAUGUUCACCAUGCCAUACUCCCCCACGCAAGCUUUUCCACAUCCACUCGCCAACAUCCAGGCCUCUAACGCGGAUACCAAUCUCACCAAUUACAUCAGCUACGCCAUGAUUGAGAUGCUCUCAUGGCAGGGACUAGGCGACAUCAUCAACCGAUUUCGCGCCAAGUGCCUCGGCCUGGACCCCAUCAGUCGACUAUGGGCACCCGGUAUGCUGCAGCGUCUCAAAGUACCUCACACUUACUGCUGGUCUCCGGCGCUGAUACCGAAACCAAAGGACUGGAGCUCUCUAAUAUCCAUCUCGGGCUUCUACUUUCUCAACUUGGCCUCCGAGUACACCCUGUGCCCGGAGCUCCAGGCAUUCCUCGACGCAGGCCCACCUCCAGUCUACAUCGGAUUCGGAAGCAUCGUUUUGAACGACCCCAACGCAAUGACCGAGCUUAUAUUUCAGGCUGUAAGAGAGACUGGCCAGCGCGUUUUGCUUUCCAAAGGCUGGGGAGGGAUGGGGGCAGAGGAGCUCAACAUACCCGAAAGUGUCUUCAUGCUGGGCAACGUGCCGCACGACUGGUUGUUCAAGCGUGUUUCAUGUGUUGUUCAUCACGGUGGCGCUGGCACUACCGCUGCUGGUAUUGCGGCUGGGAGGCCAACCGUGGUUGUUCCGUUCUUUGGGGACCAGCCUUUUUGGGGCGCCAUGGUAGCCAGAGCCGGUGCUGGCCCGGAUCCCAUUCCUCACAAACACCUCACGGCGCAGAAGCUAGCAGAUGCCAUCAGUUUCUGCUUGAAGCCCGAAAGCCUAACUCGGGCAGAGGCUCUUGCGAAUAAGAUUGCAAAUGAGCGAGGCGAUGAAAUGGGUGCUCGGUAUUUUCAUCAAUAUCUCGAAGUUGAUAGACUUCGUUGUACCCUCGCCCCAUCUCGGUCAGCCGUGUGGCGCAUCAAGCGAACUCAGAUCAGGCUUAGCGCUUUCGCAGCCUGUACUCUGGCAAAUGAAAGUCUUCUCGACUUUCAUGAUUUGAAGCUUUUCCGACCGCGAGAAUAUGAAACCGAUCAAGGCCCUUUGGACCCAAUAUCCGGAGGCUUUGUGGCGGCGUGUGGAGCGUUUGGCGGCAUGGCCAUGGGGCUGGCAGAUAUUCCUUCAGAGACGGUGAGGGCUGUGCAGCUUCCAUUCAAGGGCAGUCGACAGCCACCGAGUUCACCAAAUGCUGGUGGUGCACCGAAUAUUGGAGGUCCGUCUGCAGAAGAUGCUCGAAUAAACCCAGGGGCUGUGAAUGCUCAGUCACAAGUCCCUACCUCCCGCCAUGCUUCAAAGCUGUCAAUAGCUUCGAUGUCCAAUUCGACGUUGGACGAAUCAAAGGAUAAUUCACGAGAAUCAGGACGGAUUCGAGUCCGCAAUCGCGAUACUUCGGGCUCCAGCAAUGAUCGCGACGUCAUGGGCCCUACUGGUGUGCAUAUGACUAGGGGCAUCGGCCACUUCGCAUCCGCACUUGCCAAAGGACCAAUGGACGUAGCGAUGGGCCUCACGAAAGGAUGUCAUAAUCUUCCUAAACUAUGGGGAGACGACACGGUGCGCCCUCACGCGCAAGUCAGCGACUUCAAAUCAGGUGCCAGGGCAGUCGGCAAAGAGUUUGGCCUCGGAUGGUACGACGGAAUCACGGGCUUAGCCACGCAACCAUGGAGAAGUGCUCAGAAAGAAGGCGCGGGCGGGUUCCUCAAGGGCAUCGGCAAAGGAACGGCGGGAUUCAUAGCCAAGCCAUUGGCCGGUCUGUGCGGCGUUCUUGGAUACUCAAUGAAGGGAGUGCAUAAGGAGGUGCAGAAGCUGUUUGGCACCAAUGUACAGAGCUACAUUGUGGCCUCGCGAACGGCUCAAGGAUAUGAAGAGUGGCUACAGAGUAGCAAUGCGGAAAAGCAAGAAGUCAUUGCUCGGUGGAGGCUGGUUCAGAAGUACCUGAAGAAGAAACGUGAUCGCGAUGACAUGUUGGAGGAUAUUUUGGAGGCGCAUCAGGCUGGCAGAACGGACAGAGCUGCACAAGACUCUCAAGAUCCGAGUACUACUAAUAUCCGUAACUAA